GGAAGUCAUUGGGCGACUGACAACAUGAUGCACUUGAAGAGCGGAAAAUAUUUCUUAUUCGCGAUUCUCACCUUUGUCGCAAUACAAUUAACAACAGCAGUUGUUGAUGAAGACCGAAUUCAACGAAUUUGUACCGAUGUUUGGAGAGAAAAUAAGCUAGAAUUGGAAGUUUGCUACUGCCCACCUGUACAGCGGCCAACGCGCGGAGAAACUGGACCUAAUGGUCCUAGAGGAAUAACAGGAAAACCUGGAAGUGAAGGUGGUCCAGGAGAGAAAGGAGAAUCCGGAUCUCCUGGCCUUGUGGGACAAAAAGGAGAAGUAGGAGAUGAUGGUCUUCUGGGACUUCGUCUUCUGAAAGGAGAUAGAGGAGAUCCUGAUCUUCAAGGACCUCAGGGUCAAAAAGGGUAAAGGGGACAUCGAGGUUAAUCAGGAUUACCUGGUCCAAAAGGCGAACAAGGAAAUUCUUUAUACAAUUAAAAAAAAUAAAAUCAGAAUAAUAAAAGAGAUUUACAUAA